AUGAAGCUUCUAUCAGCAGCGCUCGCUGCAUUGCUACUGACCACGUCCGUGACCGCCGGUCCUGCGGCUUACGGUGUCUGCCAGACCGGAUGUGCGGCUGUUGUCAUGGCCUGCUAUAGCGCAGCAGGUUUUACAUGGGGCGCAACCCUAGGUGCUACCGCGCCUGCUUCUAUCAUCGCCUGUAACACCGCUUACGGAACCUGCCAGGCAGCUUGUGCGGCAGUUCUUCUGACUCCAACGCUCUGA